AUUCCGCAUAUCAUUCCGACUGCUGCAACGUCCCGAUGCGGACUUUGGCGGGGUUGAGCGGACUUGAGCACAACUUGAACACUGACAUAAGCACCUAGUGUAUGGAUAUCUACCUAACCUAGGUAGCUUUACAAGCUGUGUGGUUUGGUAGCAUUGAACAUGGCGGCAUUCAGCUUCGUCACGUGGGCGGCAUUUCAGCAAUCUAAGCCGUAUACCGUGAUGAAGUCCGAUCUUUGAUUAUACAGCCUCAAGUAUGAUGUGUACGGGAUGGAGGCAAUGAAUGAGUCACCGGGAUCUGUCGACGUAAAAUUCUCGUUCGGGCUCAUAACACGCGAAGAAGAUGGAUAAUACAUUGUGAACUGGGUUGCUAUUAGAAGCUAUCUACAUCAUCAACAUGACUCAACUCAUCUGGCUCAUAACCGGAUGCUCCUCUGGCUUUGGCGAGCUACUGACACAACAUGUUCUCUCUCGCGGAGACCUCGUGAUAGCCACCUCUCGAAACCUGGAGAAGGUCCAACAUCUGGAUCGUGCUGGGGCAGCCAUCCUACAACUCGACGUGACCCACUCUCAGCAGGGCAUAGACGACACUGUCGCCAAGGCCGUCUCGAUAUAUGGCAGGAUUGACGUGGUGGUCAACAACGCUGCAUACAUUGUGACUGGCGGAUGGGAGGAUGUCGAGUACGAACAACUGCUUUCCCAAUUCGAGACCAACGUUUUCGGGACCUAUAAAGUAACCCGCGCCAUCCUACCUCAUUUCAGGGAGCGGAGGUCAGGCACCAUGGUAUUCAUCAGCUCCCUGUCGGGCUGGCAUGGACAUCCCUUUGUCGGGCCUUAUGCGGGAUCGAAGUUUGCCUUGGAAGGUCUCGUCGAGAGCCUAAGCCGCGAGAUAGCGCCUCUCGGAAUCAAAACCAUACUAAUCGAGCCGGGCCGCUUCAGGACGAACCUGCUGUCGCCGGGGAACCUGCAGGCCGUGCCGUCGCGGAUCUCGGAAUACAUGGCGGCCUCGCAGGCGCAUCUUGAUGGGCUGGCAAAAGAAGAUAGGACGCAAGCGGGCGACCCGCGGAAAGCCGUUACGAUCAUUGCGGAUCUUGUAAAGGGGGAGGGUUGUGCGCUGGGCAGGGAGGUGCCGUUUAGACUUCCGCUUGGGGCAGAUUGUUAUGAGGGAGUUAGGGAGAAGUGUGAGGGGACGUUGAAGGUGCUGGAGGAUUGGGGGCAUGUUAUUCAUAGCACGGAUUACGACGAGAUGUAGCUAGGUUAGGCGUUCACUGAUAUG